UGUGUAUCAACCUAGCUUGGUUUGCGUGGACCUGAGGACCGGAGAAGCGAGCGAUGUCGGCGCCUGGCUACGGCAACAUCAACAGCUCCGCCGGCUACAGCCAGAGCUCGACCCCGAACGGCGGCGCUGCGCCCCCGGUCCAGAACGGUCCAUCCUCACAUCCAGCUGUCGGUUGCUAUGGAGCCCCACCCCCACAACAGAACCACCCCAGCAUCCCGGCCCACUCCACACCUGCUCCCCACAAAGCCCCCUGCACGAACACUGGCCACCCUGCUAACUACUAUCAGAACAAGCCUCAGCAGCAUGUAGCCCCCGGCCCCUCCUGCUACGCUCCUCCUCACUUCUACCCCUCAGGUGCACCACCUUCAAACACCCAGUACCAACAACAGCAGCAGCCACCACAUCAGCCUUACGCCACUGCAGGUUCCUACUAUGGACAUUAUCAGGCCCCUCCACAGCAGCAGCAGCAGCCCAGUUUGGUGCCAGCCCCUUCAAAUGGUUCUGGGGUGAAGCUGUACCCCAUCGUUUCCUAUCCCUCCGCACAUGGGAGUAGCCAGUACGGUACUCUGAGUUCAUCCCAGGCCACCUCGACCCAUGGGGUGAUGCAGACACAUGUGAAUGCCCCUCUCCAUCACUACAGCUCCCCCCCGCAGAGCUCCACCGCCCCGGUGCCUCCUGGGUACCACACAGCUCCCGCAGUCAACGGCCAAGGAGGCGCAGCCCAGAACCACUACAGCCAGCAGGCUUCAUACAACUAUGGUUCCUACAGUGGAGCCCCACACAGCAGCAGCAGUGGCAGUGCUGUUGUCGACGGAAACCGGCCUCCUUCAGGGACUUCUUCCACUUCGGUACAUUCCUCACCAGGCCACCACCAAGGCGUGCCAUAUGGAUACACUGCUAAUAGCGCCACUAGCUCCGCCCCCGCCAGCGCCUCCGGCCCACCUCGAACCCGCACGUCAUCCAGCUCAGAGGAGGAUGAGGAGGACGAUGAUGAUGAGGAGGAGGAUGAUGAUGAUGAUGAUGAUGAGGAAGCAGGCGGCGACACAUCCUCCUCCUCAACCACCGGCAGCGCCUCACCGGUGCCCAACAGCUACGAUUCCUUGGAGGGAGGCAGUUACCCUGACUCCAUGCCUCCCUCCACAGAUGCGAACCACCAGGCGCCGCCCUAUGGUAACUAUGGUUACCCCAGCAUGCAGCCUGGAUAUCAGCAGGGACCCCCCACUCACACAAACCCACCCCCCGCUCAUGACCCCUACGUGCAGCCAAGCUACCAGCACUACUCCCAGGGAUUCCCGAACUUCUCCCAGCUCUCUGCGGCUCUCGGGGGGCUGAGCGGGGUCCCUGAGCUUGAGAUGGAGGCUCUCAGGCCUGUCAACCUGCUGCAGGAGCGUAACCUGCUGCCCCCUCGACCCCUGGAAGCCCCCGAACCCAACCUCAGCUCUGAGCUGAGGAAGGUCAACUGUAAUCCACAAACUUUCAGGUGCACCCUCACCAGCAUUCCACAAACUCAGGCUCUGCUCAACAAGGCCCGACUCCCCCUUGGCCUGCUGCUGCACCCCUUCAGGGACCUGCAGCAGCUGCCGGUCAUCACGUCCAACACCAUUGUGCGCUGCCGCUCCUGUCGCACCUACAUCAACCCGUUUGUGACCUUCCUGGACCAACGCAGGUGGAAGUGUAACCUCUGUUACCGGGUCAACGACGUACCGGACGAGUUCAUGUACAACCCAGUGACCAGGUCUUAUGGAGAACCGCACAAGAGACCAGAAGUUCAGAAUGCCACAGUGGAGUUCAUCGCCUCCUCUGACUACAUGCUCCGCCCCCCUCAGCCGGCGGUCUACCUGUUUGUUCUUGACGUGUCGCACAAUGCCGUGGAGGCUGGCUACCUGAGGUACUUCUGCGAGUCUCUGAUGGAGAACCUGGACAGGCUUCCCGGAGACUCACGCAUGAAGGUGGGGUUCCUCACUUUCGACAGCACCAUCCACUUCUACAACCUCCAGGAGGGCUUGUCGCAGCCGCAGAUGCUGGUGGUGUCAGACAUAGAUGAUGUUUUUAUUCCAUCUCACGACAGCUUGAUGGUGAACCUGAAGGAGAGCAAAGAGCUGGUGACGGACCUCCUCAAGUCCCUCCCGGGCAUGUUCAGCCAGAGCAGGGAGACCCACAGUGCCCUGGGUCCCGCGCUGCAAGCCGCCUUCAAGCUCAUGUCGCCCACCGGGGGGCGCAUCUCUGUGUUCCAGACACAGCUGCCCAGCGUGGGCGCCGGCCUGCUGCAGUCCAGGGAGGAUCCCAGCCAGCGCUCCAGCACCAAGGGAGUACAGCACCUUGGCCCAGCCACGGACUUCUACAAGAAAUUUGCACUGGACUGUUCGGGUCAACAGAUCGGGGUGGAUUUAUUCCUGCUCAGCUCCCAGUACUCGGACCUGGCUUCACUCGCUUGUAUCUCCAAGUACUCAGCCGGCAGCAUCUUUUACUACCCUGCGUUCCAUCACAUCCACAACCUCACGCAGUUGGAGAAGUUCCAGAAGGACCUGGAGCGCUACCUCACCAGGAAGAUCGGCUUCGAGGCGGUCAUGAGAAUACGAUGCACCAAAGGGUUGUCCAUCCACACGUUCCACGGCAACUUCUUCGUGCGCUCCACUGACCUGCUGUCCCUGGCCAAUGUGAAUCCAGACUCGGCCUUCGCCGUUCAGAUGUCCAUCGAAGACACGCUGGCCGACUCGUCGCUGGCCUGUUUCCAGGCUGCUCUGCUCUACACUUCCAGUAAAGGAAAAAGGCGGAUCAGAGUUCACACCAUGUGCUUACCAGUGGUCAGCCAGCUGAGUGACGUGUACGCCGGCGCUGACGUGCAAGCCAUCACGUGUCUGCUGGCCAACAUGGCGAUCGACCGCUCCGUGGGCUCCAGCCUGCCGGACGCCCGCGACGCUCUGGAGAAUGCAGUGGUGGACCUGGUGAGCGCCUACAAGAGCAGCGUGUCCAGCUUCCAGUACUCCGGCCUGGUGCUGCCCUCCACCAUGCGCCUGUUCCCGCUCUACAUCCACGCCCUGCUGCGACAGAAAGCGCUGCGGACAGGAAGCAGCACGCGGCUGGACGAGCGCGUCUUCGCCAUGUGCGAGUUCAAGACGCAGCCGCUGCAGCAGCUGAUGAGGAUGGUUCACCCGGACCUCUACCGUCUGGACAGCAUGUCCGACCAGGGGGCGCUCCAUCUGAACGACGCGCUGGUUCCUCAACCUCAGCUGCUGCACCUGUCCGCCGAGAGGCUGAGCCGAGACGGAGCCUUUCUCCUGGACGCUGGAAACGCCUUCUACUUGUGGGUCGGUAAAUGCUGCAACGAGAUGUUCAUCAGGGACGUCCUGGGGUUCCCCAACCACGCCUCCAUACCCCCCAGCAUGAGUCACAUUCCAGAGCUGGAGACGCCGCUGUCCGAGCGGGUGAGAGCCUUCGUGGACUGGCUGCAGGACAACCGCGCCUUCAGCUGCUCCGUUCACGUCAUCAAGGACGAUGGUGCCACCAAAGCCACCUUCUUCCAGUUGCUGGCGGAGGACCGCUGCGAGUCGUCGCCGUCGUACCAGGAGUUCCUGCAGCAUGUGCAGCAGCAGGUGUCCAAGUAGUUCCAGGAGCCUGAGGAGCUUCAGCUGCUGACCAGGUGGGUCCACUACUGGGCCGGGCCAGCGAAAGAUCCGUGACCAACUGCGCUGCUCCUUCACUGGUGAGCGCCCAGCUGCUCGCUCCGUUUCACCUGCGCAGAGGAGCCAUUGUACUGAAGCAACAAUCAUCUUCAUCAUCUUCAUCACCUGCCUGAACUGAGGAUGGAGACGUUUUUAUUCCUCCAGCCGCCGACUGGAGCGUGACUUUGUAACUACUGACAGAUGAAGAGUCUUUUAUGUGCGAUAAUUUAUGAGCUUGUUAAAUAAAAGAAAAUAUCAUGAGGCUGCUUAGUGUCUCACGCUUCCU